GCCCUCCAGCCGCGUGGGAAACUCGCGUGUGGACCACAACCCCGCCUACCCAUCAGAACCGCUGAGAAAGGAAGUGCGAGUCUGCUAGAGUUCCUGGUUGAGAGUGAGAGGCCAAGUGUUCGGCUCUCUUGUUCUUCCCGACUGGCCCCCAGGCAGAGACUGGGCUCUGCAGGCCGGGAUUCCCCCCUCGUCCUGAGCCUGUAGCUCGGGCUGGGUGUUAACUCGGGCCAAGGCAGGACCGGCUGGGGGAAGUCGGGGGCAGGGGAAGCUGACGGCUGAUGGCUCAGUCCUCUAUGCCUCCCAAAUCUGACGUGUUGAGUCAAGAUGAACUGCGAAAAAAGCUAUACCAGACGUUUAAGGAUCGGGGUAUACUGGACACGCUCAAGACACAGCUCCGGAAUCAGCUGAUUCACGAAUUGAUGCACCCUGUGUUGAGUGGAGAACUGCAGCCCCGGUCCAUUUCAGUGGAAGGGAGUGCCCUCUUAAUAGGCGCUUCUAACUCUCUAGUGGCAGAUUACUUACAAAGAUGUGGCUACGAGUAUUCACUCUCUGUUUUCUUUCCGGAAAGUGGUUUGGCCAAAGAAAAGGUAUUUACUAUGCAAGAUCUAUUACAACUCAUUAAAAUCAACCCUGAAUCCAGUCUCUACAAAUCACUGAUUUCAGGAUUUGAUAAAGAAAACAAAGGUUUUCUCAUGCAGUUUUUAAGAGAAUUGGCAGAAUAUCAUCAGUCCAAAGUGAGCCGUGAUAUGGAAACUCAGACAAGUUCAACAUUUCCUAGCAAAGACUCUCUUGCAGAAAAGCUUCAGCUAAUUGAUGAUCAGUUUGCGGAUGCUUACCCUCAGCGUCCCAAGUUAGAAUCUUUAGAAAUAAAGUUAAAUGAAUAUAAGAGAGAAAUAGAACAGCAGCUUCAGGCAGAAAUGUGUCAAAAGUUGAAAUAUUUUAAAGAUACCAAAAUAGAAAAAGUUAAAAUGGAAGAGAAAAGAAAGGCUGAGAGGGAGUUAGCUGAGUUCCGGAACGAAUUGGAGCGAGCUUGUCAAGCAAAAUCUGAAGCCCUCAUUUCUCGGGAAAAGAUGGCUCUUGAGAGAAUUCAAAAGCACCAAGAGAUGGAAACCAAAGAAAUUUAUGCUCAGAGGCAGCUUCUACUAAAAGAUAUAGAUUUGCUAAGAGGCAGAGAAGCCGACCUGAAGCAACGGAUCGAAGCUUUUGAAUUGACUCAGAGGCUGCAAGAGGAAAAAAAUAAAAGCAUAACUGACACACUUAGGAAGCGGGAACUGAAUAUAAAGAGCAUUGAGGAGAGCUAUGACCAGAAGCUCAAGAAUGAACUUCUCAAGUAUCAACUUGAACUAAAGGAUGACUAUAUCACCAGAACGAACAGGCUGAUUGAAGAUGAAAGGAAGAAUAAAGAAAAAGCUAUACGUUUGCAAGAGGAGCUCACAGCUAUUAAUUCAAAAAAGGAAGAAUUUACUCAUUCAGUAAAUCGUGUCAGAGAGCUUGAGCUUGAGUUAGAGUCUGUCAGAGCCCAGUCUUUGGCAAUAACAAAGCAAAACCAUCUGCUGGAUGAAAAGGUGAAAGAGAUGAGUGACUAUUCGCUACUGAAAGAAGAGAAACUGGAGCUCCAGGCACAAAAUAAAUUACUUAAACAACAACUGGAAGAGACUAGAAAUGAAAACUUGCGUCUCCUAAACCAUACAGCUCAGCCAUCUCCUGAGCUGGUGGUUUUUCAGAAAGAACUAAAGAAAGCCGAACAGGCCAUUGCAUUUGAGCAUGAGUUCGAAAGCCACAAGCAGGCUCUGCAAAAACAGCUGCAAAGUGAAAUUGAACAUUCUGCACAGCUGAAGGCCCAGAUCCUUGAUUACAGUAACUCCGUAAAGAGGUUAACUCUACAGGUUGCCGAUUUGAAAUUGCAACUGAAACAAACCCAGACAGCGCUCGAGGAUGAAGUGCACCGCAACGUGAAGCAGUCUCUGAUCGAUCGUUCCAUCAGUGGCCUACUGAGUGGCAAGAUGGUGGUGCCUCGUAAUGGGGAUAUAAGCGGGGAUUUCUUGAAAAAUCCUCUCGACCAGGAAAGGCUGAUGGCGGUUAUACCAAGGAUCAUAAAUUAUCCAAAUGCGAGCACGGAGAGUAGUUCCCCUGAUUCUGACCUUGAGUUUGUAGCCAAUACCAAGGCAAGGGUGAAAGAGCUAGAGCAAGAGGCCGAACGUUUGGAGAAAGCUUUCCGAAAUUACCAUCGAAGACUUAGUCAGCUCCCCGCUAAAAGCCCUUUAGCAGCCAACAGCCCGCCACCCCUGCACUUGCUAGGGACACUCAAAAGCAUCACUUCGAGUUCACCCCAAAGACGCACUUGUGCCAAGGACAGAGUUGUCUCUGAGCAGCCUCUGGUGGGCACCCCUGAAGAGGACAAGAGCAGCGCCUCGCAGCCACGCAGGAGCACCACCUCCAGACGCCUCUCUUCCACUCCCGUUCCCAAAGCAAAAAGGAGCCUCGACGGUGAAAUGUAUCUGGAAGGUCUGGACCAAUCCCACGCUGCUGGCCCCAGUCCUUGUCCCGACAGAACACCCCGGCCUUCACCUGCUGAGUCCAGGCACAGCCCUUCCCUCCACCCGCUGCCCAGCUCUCCAGAGCAGGCCAGUCUUUAUCAAAGACAAAUGGAACUUCAGGAAAAAAGUGAAUUUUCAAAUCCGGGCAAGCUACCUUUUAAGGACAAUGAGGAAUUUGAAUCAUCUUUUGAAUUUGCAGGGAGCGCAGCGAGGCCGUUUGAAGCGGACGGCCUCCAUUCUGCCGGCGACAUGCCUCAUGUGGAUGCUGCUGCGGCUGCCAGACCUAUGUCCUGUCACUACCCGAGCAUAGAUCAGAAACAAAUGGGAGAACAGAAGGAAGAAGAAAAAAUAUGGGAAGAGCACAUGAAAGACCGCAGGCAGAGAGAAGAAAGAAGGCAGAAUGAGCGGCAAGAGGCUUUAGAAAGGGAACGAAGAGAACUAGAAAAAUUGGAUCAAGAGCGGAGGAUGAUUGAAGAAUCAUUGAAGAUUGAAAUGGAAAAAGAAUUAGAAAUGAGUGUUGAAGAAACGAAAGGCAAAUCUGUUUGUGGUGAAAAUCCUUUAGAGAAAUACAUGAAAAUUAUUCAGCGGGAUCAAGACCAGGAGACAGCAGAUAAGAGUUCAAAGGUUGGCAGAGAAGCCUCAGAAGUGGACACAGUGCCAUCGAGUGACAAAGACGAAAGUUUCACGGGCUUUUCUCAUGAAGAAACAGAUGACUUUUGGUAACCAUGUUUGCUGUCCAGCAUCUUACCCAUAUAAUGUAACUAAAGGCCUAUGAAUUCUCUGUGACAAGACAAAAUUCUCAAUAAAAAUUCUAUGUGUAAUCCCA